AUGGCGCCCAAAUCCAAAUCCAAAUCCAACUCCAAACCCAACACCGACGGCGCUAAAAACGAGAGUAGCAGUAGCGGUAGCAGUGGUAAACUCAAGCCCGCAACCGCAAUCAACGUGCGCCAUAUCCUGUGCGAGAAGCAUAGCAAGAAGGAAGAAGCAGUGGCCAAGUUGCGGGCCGGGGCAAAAUUUGACGAGGUUGCGCGGGAGAUGAGUGAGGAUAAGGGGAGGCAGGCUAACCCCGCCCCCUCGCAUCGCCAGGCGGCUCCCUAG